AUGCCAAGAGAAGAGGCUACAACGUACUACCACAAGAUGAAGUCGGAGUCGACACUAGAGCUUACCUCUCUUCGACUCUUCGAUUCAACAGAAACCCAUUCCACAAAUGGAAUUAUAGGAACACCUGGAUACAUGCCACCAGAAUACAUCAAUAGAUUCCAAAUCACACCAAAGUUUGAUGUAUUCAGUUUGGAUGUUACAAUCAUAAAAAUAAUGGCAGGACAUGAGGGCUACUCCAAAUUUGCGGAUAUGUCUUCCCAAGAAUUUACUCAACUUGUACAUGAAAACUGGGAAAAAGCGUUGCAGACAACUGUGUUGUCGGAUACAUCACAUGGAGUUAAGAAAUGCAUUGAAAUAGCAUUAAGAUGCGUGGAGGCUGACCGAGUGAAAAGGCCUACUAUAGCCGAGGUUGUGGAUGAAUUGAGUAAGAUUGAUACUACCAUUAUCGAUGAACUAAAUAAGAUUGAUACGGCCAGAAAUUCACCAACAGAGCAGGUCACCAACCUACGAAGCAAUCAGGCCUUCAACUCAUGUGUGAACUCAGGAAUGUUAGGUGGUGGUAAAGAUGGGAGUAUGAUUCGAGCCUCUUCGGAUUCGGUGCUUCUAACUGCGAAUAUGAUCUUGCCAGCAGCCAGUGUUAAGCUCUUCAGUUAUGAUAAUCCCAGGUUGGCCACAAGGAAGUUCCAUUCUAACUGUGUGAUUGGUGAAGGAGUGCUUGGAACUGUAUAUCAAGGAUGGAUCGAUGAGAACACAUUGUCAUCUUGCAAAUCUUGCACCGGUAUACCUGUCGCAGUGAAACGAUUAGACCACAAUGGUAUACAAGGGCACCGAGAGUGGUUGGCAGAAGUCAAUUACCUUGGUCAUCUUUCCCAUCCCAACCUUGUGAAGCUAUUUGGGUACUGCUUAGAGGAUGAGCACCGGCUACUAGUGUACGAGUUCCUACCACGUGGAAGCUUGGAAAGUCAUCUUUUUAAGAGAGGCUCAGGUCAACCUCUUGCAUGGAACCUGAGAAUGAAAGUUGCACUUGGAGCUGCGAAAGCACUAGCUUACCUUCACAGUGCAAAUAUUAUUAUUAGAGAUGUUAAGAGUUCCAAUAUUCUCCUUGACAGCGACUAUACUGCAAAGCUCACUGGUUUUGGAUUGGCAACUAAUGGUCCUGUUGGUGAGGAGACUCAUGUAUCCACAGGGGUUAUGGGAACAUAUGGUUAUGCUGCCCCGGAAUACAUUGCAACAGGCAGACUUACACAGAAGUGUGACAUCUAUGGCUUUGGAGUAUUGCUUCUGGAGUUGUUGUCAGGUCGUCGUGUCAUCGACAAGACCCGGCCAGAGGGGGAGCAACAUCUUGUGGACUGGGCCAGACCAUAUCUCAAACAUAAGCACAAGAUACGUUGCGUCAUAGAUGCCAGUCUAGGUGGUCUGUACUCGUUCAGUGCGGCACAGAACAUCGCUGCCCUUGCCCUUGAGUGCCUGUGCACGAGCUCUAAGAAGAGGCCGACCAUGGACUCGGUGGUCUCUGUCCUAGAAGGCGUCCAGGAAGACGAGGAACCAGAAGCAGAGAAGCACCAAGAAUCAGGCAAAAGGGUGACUGCGAGUGCAAGCAGGAACAAGGGCAAAUCUCGCUGGAAUAUCUUUGGAGGGGGGCGGUCGUGAUCCAAAGCCAUUCCUCCGAAGCCGGAACAGGUUUUAUCUGAGUUUGUAGAUUGCAAGCGAAUCACAAGGAUUCCACGCACGCAGAUGCAAGGAUCUAAAUUAAGAAGCCAUCCACAGGGUAUUAUCAACACUGGACACCGUCUCGAAGGUGUAAUGCUGACGGUUAAAGCGCCUCAAAAUUCAGAAUUAGGCAGGAUUUUACCCGCGAGAAGCAAGAUGGCUUGCUACAAACACUGAUCAGAAGACGACGACACCAGUUUCGAUUUUAGCUGACGAAAUUGAAGUGGCAGGUUUCAUUUCUUGGGCAUCUUCGCCCACCAUCCCUGUCUUCGUCGUCGUCUCUAAUACAACCACACGCAAGAGCUUCCUGCGGGCUCGCAGAAAACAUGCUUGAACUGCAUUUUCUGAAUUUCAUGAUAGCAACGAAAUGGAUAUUUCCGAUGGAAUUGUUAAUAACGGGUCCGACACGUCUCCUUGGCGAUCUGGAGGGCGACUCCGUUGCGCAGCGGUGGCCGGCGUGGUUCGCCGCAGAUUUUCGGGCGGUGAGGCCAUCCCGGCUCCAUCACGGCCAGAUCGUGCUGGGCGUCCACGCGGAGACGGUGCAUCUCGUUGAUGAGCGGGGGUACACGGUCGACACGCGGUCCAGGGGAGAGACGGUUCUCGCGCCUGGUGCUGUGGUUGCGUUUCCUUGUCACGUUGCGCACAUCGAGGGGGCGACCCAGAGCGGGGGCGGCGCCUCAGGAGCCGGCGGGGAAGGAAUUGCGGCCGGUGGAAGGGGAAUCGCGGCUGGGGAGGGAUUAAAUCCGGGCGAGGUGGGUGAGCCCACACCAAAUCUCUCACCUACCGCGCUCCUCUCUCUGCUCGCCAUCGACCGCGGCAACCAUGGUGGAGAUCAGCGAGGAGAAGCUGGUGAGGUUCGCAGGCAGAGAUGCGUGCCUGCUUGCUCGGCUGCGAGAGAUCGGAUCGUUGUACACAAGCAAGCGGGAGAUGUAUGCGGAGGCGGAGGCGAUUUUUGAGGGGCUGACGGCAACGGAGGAGGAGUCCCUCUUCAGGCGCGGGAGGCGCAAGCAUCCACUCCAGGUGCUGAUGUGGGCGAUGGAUCAGGCGGAUUCGCCGGUGAGGGCGGUGGCGCGGAAGUGGGUGGCCUUCACCGCCUUCAAGACGGCACGCCUCGCCCCGGCCAUGCGGGCAACGGCGCUCAGAUCUCGCGAGGGGGUGCUGGCGCUCCCUGCUCCAGGCUCGGUCAUGGCGCCGAUUGUGAUCCAGGAAGACCCCGUGGAGCAGCCGCCGCAGGAGGUGGUGCAGACGUCGCGCCGCUCCGCUCGUCUGGCUCCAGCUUCAUCUACUCCGACUCCUCGCCAUUCGGCAUGCCUCGCCGGAAUUAAUGCCGGAAUCGAUGCCUGAAGGCUUCGCUAGCCAGCAACCGCUUCUGGAGGAUGGCUAGUGAAGAUUCAGGUAGCGAUUCUGACGUGAUUGAUGUUGACUCAGAAAACCCCCGCAAGAAGUGAUAUGAUGGAAGCAGGAGUGAAGCGAGUAGGUGAAGUUGCUGAAGAGGUAUUCAAAGCAAUACAUGGGUGGCGUCUGGAGACUAGAAGAAUUAUGGGAUGACCAAAAAGCUUCAAGUUUCCUCGGAUCUAUGUUGCUGCGAUGGAUGCUGGGAGGCAGCAUUUCCUGCGUUUUGCUUCACUCUGCUCUUUUGUAUCUUGUUUUGCUCUCCAUGUAGAGGGGACUGCUUGUAGUUUGUCUACUCAAGACUGUUUGAUACUAUGUGGUUUCUUAAACUUUGUAAUGCUGGGGCUGGGACUUGCUUCAGAGCCCAGGCCUUUAUUCUCUCUAUGCGACACUGCCUUUGGGGGCUUUAGGUGGGGGAGGGAUGGCUCCCCCUCCUCUCCAUUGGUUUAGUGCGA